GACCUCCUCCUCCUCUUGCAACUUCACUGCUCUUUGCUAUCCACAACCACCCCCAUCCUUCCCCCGUGUCCACGCCCCCUUCCUUCCACGCUCCGUCGUACACUCGUGCGUUCGACGCUGCCGCUCACCUAAACCUCCAUCUCUCCGCCCUCCAAGACGUCGAGCCGUCGUCCUGGGCUCCGCCCAUCUCCUGAGCCAUGGCCUCCUCGUCCUCCAACGUCGUGGGCGUGCACUAUCGCGUCGGAAAGAAGAUCGGAGAGGGCUCCUUUGGUGUCUUGUUCGAAGGCACCAACUUGUUGAACAACCAGCAGGUCGCCAUUAAGUUUGAACCGAGGAAGAGCGACGCCCCACAGUUGCGGGAUGAGUAUAGAACAUACAAGAUCCUUGUAGGAUGCCGUAAGUCGGAAUUGCCUCUCAUCCACGAUGCUCACCCUCGCCGUGAAAGGAGGCUUUGGCGGUGAUUGCCAGCUGCUCAGGGCUGCGGCACAAACCAGUCUUUCUGAUGCGUGCAGACCCUUCUACGUCUUGCUGGGAUGUACCACCACGCCCUGCUGCAGCAAAUCGUCUGUUCGGGAAUGGCAUUGAUCUCGCUCACCUGCCGCCCCUGAGCCUUCACUGAUUCAGGUCUCUGACAACGGAGGGGACCUCUGCUAACGCAACGUAGACGGCAUCCCUAAUGUCUACUAUUUCGGCCAGGAAGGCCUCCACAACAUCCUCGUCAUUGAUCUGCUUGGUCCCAGCUUGGAAGACCUGUUCGAUCUUUGCCAUCGACGAUUUUCGAUCAAGACGGUCGUCAUGGUCGCCAAGCAGAUGUUGUCCCGAGUGCAGACGAUCCACGAGAAGAAUCUCAUCUACCGUGACAUUAAGCCCGACAACUUUUUGAUCGGCCGCCCUGGCACUAAAUCGGCCAACGUCAUUCAUGUUGUCGACUUCGGCAUGGCGAAGCAGUACCGCGAUCCUAAGACCAAGCAGCACAUUCCGUACCGGGAACGUAAAAGCUUGUCGGGCACGGCCCGUUACAUGAGCAUCAACACACACUUGGGAAGAGAGCAGUCGCGAAGAGACGACUUGGAAGCGCUUGGACACGUGUUUAUGUACUUCUUGCGUGGUGGCCUUCCAUGGCAAGGCCUGAAAGCUGCAACGAACAAGCAGAAGUAUGAGAAGAUUGGCGAGAAAAAGCAGACAACGGCUAUUAAGGAUUUGUGUGAGGGCUUUCCAGAGGAAUUUAACAAGUACCUCUCUUACGUCCGCAACCUGGGCUUUGAGGACACGCCAGACUACGAAUAUCUCAGAGACCUGUUCACCCAGGCCUUGAAGCACACUGGCGAAGUUGAAGAUGGUGAAUACGAUUGGAUGAAAUUAAACAACGGCAAAGGUUGGGAGGCUAUGAAAGCACAUCCGUCUCAAGCCCAUCUGAACCAUGGACUCCCAAACUCCUCUCAACGUGAACUUCACAGCCAGCCGCGUCCAGCAAAAACGCCUAUUCCAGCUGAUCGCCUGAACCAGGACCUGCCAAAGCCAGGAGCGAGACAGGGAGCGGGUCCGAGCCGACACCCUCAGAGAAGAGACCCAGCUUACGGCCAUGACCCUGCCCUUGCUGCGAAGAGACAGUCAACCCAGGACUUUCGACACCCUGAGGGCUCCACUGUUGCACAGUUCCAGCAUUCAAACCAGAAUCUUGGCCCGCGGGCAGGGGGUCCUCAGAAUGCCAUGACCCCAGCUCAACAGCCACAGAACAACAAUGGCCAGCCUGCUCAGCAGGAUGGCGGCUUCUUUUCGAAGCUUGGGAAAGCACUUUGCUGCCAAUGAGCUGUGAUUGUUUUGUCUCAAAAGGCUGCUGAAAAUUCAUGGCGUAGUCUCCACGCCUCUGAUUUCUAGAUUUCUCCUCCAGUGAAAACGGACAUAGCAAUGGCCGGGCAGGCCACCAGGUAAAUCUUAGGGGACGGUAUGGACAAAGCAAAUUCCGUCACAGUCGCGGACUCUUCUCUUACUGGACGUGGAUUCCCAGUCACGCAACAGGCCGAAGCCGAAGAAAGCUUACAAGAUCGUGAUGGUGUCUCUGUUACUCGCGACGGAUCUAUCCCUUCCUCAUAUUCCGACUGGCGCGGUUGUCGAAGACAUCGAAAUGCAGCCUUCAUGAUCAUCACAGUCGGCUGACUAAGCCUAUUGCCAUUAUUUGCGCGAUCACUAUACUGAUGUUUAAUUUUGGGAAUUUUCCUUUCGCAUAAGCCAGGCGUUCCGGUCAACGACUCGCAUGGCUUCUUUCGCCUAAUUUCCCAUUCUUACCAUCUCUCCUACGCUUUCACUCAGAAAGACACUACACAAUCAGAUAUGGAUAAGAUGAACGACUUUGCAUGGGACGAAAGGAAGCAAAGAAUGUCGCACUCGUUUCCCCUCGCAUUUUCGGCGAAGGCUUAAUGUUUUGUCUCUUGCUUCCAACCAAGACAUACAGCGUAAUCUUUCAGUCACGGCCGCGGAAAUCUCUCUUCUGUCAUGUGCAUCAUUGGCUUCUCGCAAGCGUUGUUUACAAUACCAUCGAGGGUACCUCAAUGUACACGAUGGAAAAGAGGAUUGAUAAGAUUGUUGAAAAUGGGUCUUGCAAAGGGAAAAGAGCUCUUGUGCGCCUUUGUUGGACCUACGCCUGAUCGUGUCUCUUUUUCUUGCGCUGCUGCACUUCGGCUUUGGAGCUCGCUUGUGUCUUGGGCUCGCUGUCGCGGCUCCAGGUGCUACUCUUCAGAUUUAUUUUCUCUUCGACUCUGCUUUUAUGGAGGGACAAACGUCUGGCAUGGAAAUACGGAUAGGUUAGAUAGAAAACUGCUCGUUGAUAAUGUCCGCAUUUGGAGCGUUCGCCACUUCUCCCGCAAUUGUUUCCAGGUCAGUGGGAAGUUUGACGAUUUCUGCAACAAAGGAAAGAAACAUGGUUUUCAGAGGGUGCUCAGAUCUCAGACAGGCCGUUAGGUCGAAUCUGACGAACAUGCUGUCAUAUUCCUCUUUUUACACGCAUGUCGAUCGUUUAAUUAAUCCUAAUGUCGCAUUUGCAUGACGCCGUGUCCCCGACCUCGGCC